GACACAUUAUUUUCGUCUAUCCGAUCUCAAUUCAAAAUAACAUUAUUUAUUUGUUUUAUUGGUAAACAAAAAAUAAGCUGAUCAUUCCAAGCUCAGAUAUUUUAUCAGACUGCCAAGCUGUUUAGCAUUAGAUCGACCCCAGCUAUCAUAAAAAAAAUUUUCGACGCCGAGUCACUAAAACGGAGCACGCGACUCUCAGCGCACGAGAGUCUUGCUCGAGAAACUGACCUUGCGACUCACAGUCUAACCAAUAACUUUUGACAUACAUAAACAUCGCACGUGUUUGACUUUGUUUUCAUGCCCUGGACGGCCUGAAAAAUUCAUGUUUCUUAUGAUUUAACAAUUGAAAGAAAAUCUGCAACGUCCAACACAACAUUUUAGUCAAACGGAAAUAUUUUUAUUGAUUGCAUUUUCAUCUGAGUCAAUUUUUACUAACAGCCAACAUGGAUUUAUUUGAUGCUUUUGAAGAAACUGCAGAAGAAAACGACACUAAUGAUGUUGAAAUAUUAGACAGUUCUGUUGGGCCAGUUAAGAGAGAAAAUGAAGAAGCUCCUGAAACUGAAAAUUACACCAAAAGAAUAAAAGUUGAUGAUUUAUUUGAAAGUUCUAAGAUUGAAGAGAUUGAAUCUAGAAUCACAGUUCAUACCAUCCAAACCAUAGAAUCAUGUACGCAUGAGGUAGCGAUACCAUCAGAUUAUACAUACUUACCUCUAGAACAAAAAACAACAAAGCCUGCAAAGGAAUAUAAAUUUGUCCUUGAUCCUUUUCAAAAAGAAGCUAUUUUGUGUAUAGAAAAUGAUCAAUCAGUGCUUGUAUCUGCACAUACAUCCGCUGGAAAAACAGUUGUGGCAGAAUAUGCCAUUGCAUGUUCUUUGAGAGAAAAACAAAGAGUAAUCUACACAACUCCCAUAAAGGCAUUGAGUAAUCAAAAGUACAGGGAAUUUUAUGAAGAAUUCAAAGAUGUAGGAUUAGUGACUGGUGAUGUAACCAUCAACCCUACAGCAAGUGUUCUUAUUAUGACUACAGAAAUUCUUCGAAAUAUGUUGUAUAGAGGUUCUGAGGUCAUGAGAGAAGUAGGUUGGGUAAUUUUUGAUGAAAUUCAUUACAUGCGUGAUAAAGAAAGAGGAGUGGUUUGGGAAGAAACAUUAAUUUUACUACCAGACAAUGUUCACUAUGUCUUUUUGUCUGCCACUAUCCCAAAUGCUCGCCAGUUUGUUGAAUGGGUAGCAUAUUUACAUCAUCAACCGUGCCAUGUUGUUUACACUGAUUAUAGACCAACUCCAUUGCAACAUUAUAUUUUUCCAGCGGGUGGCGAUGGAAUUCAUUUGGUCGUGGAUGAAGGUGGAAAUUUUAAGGAAGAAACUUUCAACAAAGCAAUGGCUUGUCUCCAAGGAGAUGCAGCAAAAGGUGACACAAAAGGUCGCAAGGGAGGGCUACAUAAAACAAACUCUGGACAGACAAAUAUUUUCAAAAUAAUCAAGAUGAUUAUGGAGAGAAAUUUUGCACCAGUUAUCAUUUUUUCAUUUUCCAAAAAAGACUGUGAGCUGUAUGCUAUGCAGCUUUCAAAACUAGAUCUCAAUAGUGCUGAAGAAAAACAAUUGGUUGAUGAGGUAUUCAAUAAUGCAAUGGAUGUACUCAGCGAAGAUGAUCGCAAACUACCGCAGGUUGAAAAUGUUCUGCCUUUAUUGAGGCGAGGAAUUGGCAUUCAUCACGGUGGACUUUUGCCGAUUUUAAAAGAAACAGUUGAAAUUUUAUUCGGUGAGGGAUUGAUAAAGGCACUGUUUGCCACAGAAACUUUUGCCAUGGGCUUGAACAUGCCGGCAAGAACGGUAUUAUUCACUGCCCCGAGGAAAUUCGAUGGAAAAGAUUUCCGAUGGAUCACAUCAGGUGAAUACAUUCAAAUGUCAGGACGUGCUGGCCGAAGAGGCUUGGACGAGAAAGGUAUAGUUAUAUUAAUGAUAGAUGAGCAAGUCAGUCCUGUUGUUGGUAAAGAAAUUGUACAAGGAAAAGCUGAUCCUAUAAAUUCGGCUUUCCAUUUGACUUAUAACAUGGUACUGAAUUUGUUAAGGGUUGAAGAAAUAAACCCUGAAUACAUGUUGGAAAGGAGUUUUUACCAAUUCCAAAAUCAAGCAUCUAUUCCUGAACUAUUAAAAAAUGUCAAAGAAUUGGAAAAAGAAUACAAUGAGGUGCAAAUUGAAAAUAUUGAUGUCAUGACAUCAUAUCACGAUUUACGAGUUCAAUUGGAUACUCUAAGUGCCGAAUUUCGCUCGUACUUGACAAUGCCACAAUACCUUGUACCUUUCCUUCAACCUGGUCGAAUGGUCAAGAUCAAAAAUGACAAAUAUGAAUUCGACUGGGGUAUAAUACUCAACUUCAAAAAGAAGGGUAACGAAAAAACAGAGACACACUAUGUUGUCGAUAUUUUGUUAAACAUAGCGUCGGAUUCUACUGACCUGGCACCUGUACCGUGCCCACCUGAUUCGAAAGGUGAAAUGGAAGUUGUCCCCGUAAUGCACACUUUGAUUCAUCAGAUCAGUUCUCUGAGGCUGUAUAUUCCGGCGGAUUUAAGAACAUCCGAUCAGAGAAGAAGCGUUUUAAAAACGUUAUUGGAAGUGAAGAAAAGAUUCCCAGAUGGUCCUCCGCUUCUUAAUCCACUAACAGAUAUGAAGAUCGAUAACCCCGCGUUUAGUGACAUCGUGAAACGAAUCAAAAGUUUGGAAGAACGAUUGUUUGUCCAUCCAGCUCACAAAGAUCCAGAAUUAUCGGUCUUGUAUGAAAAAUUCUUGUCCAAAAAUGAAAUCGCCAAAAAAUUAGAUGCCUCGAGAGAGAGCCUGAAACAAGCCAAGUCGGUCUUGCAAAUGGACGAGCUGAAAUCUCGCAAAAGAGUCUUGCGACGUAUGGGCUACUGCACACUUGCCGAUGUGAUAGAAGUGAAGGGGCGCGUGGCAUGCGAGCUCAACGGGGCCGAUGAGCUCCUCAUGACGGAGAUGAUGUUCAAUGGUCUGUUCAAUUCAUUGACCGUACCCCAAAUGACUGCCCUCGUGAGUUGCUUCGUGUGCGACGACAAGUCCAGCGAAAUGCCAAAAAUGAUCGAGGAACUGAGCGGGCCCCUGCGACAAAUGCAAGACAUCGCAAGAAAAAUAGCCAAAAUUACGACCGAGUCUAAUCUGGAUUUAGACGAAGAUGCAUAUGUCGAGCGAUUCAAGCCCUACUUGAUGGAUGUCGUUUAUUCUUGGUGCAACGGGGCGACGUUUUUGGAGAUCUGCAAAAUGACUGAUAUAUUCGAAGGCUCCAUAAUUCGUUGCAUGAGGCGAUUAGAAGAGGUCUUGCGACAAUUAGUUCAGGCAUCCAAAAACAUUGGAAAUACUGAUUUAGAAGUCAAAUUUAGCGAAGCAAUUAGAUUAUUGAAGCGAGAUAUUGUAUUUGCAGCCUCGUUAUAUUUGUAAAUUUAAUAUAACGUAAAUUAAUGUAAUAUAAACAAUCAAAUUUAUU